AUGGGGAGGUGCUGGCGAGACUCUGGCGAGACUCUGGCGAGACUCUGGCGAGACUCUGGCGAGACUCUGGCGAGACUCUGGCGAGAUGCUGGUGGUGGCGGUGGUGGCGGUGGUGAUGGCGGCACUGGACUGGAGAAUGUGCUCCGUAGGUGGUUGGUUAUUCGUGCUGGUGCUGCUUUGGUGCUGGUGCGGGUGCUGGUGCGGGUGCUGGUGCUGGUGCUGAAGCUGGUGCUGAAGCUGGUGCUGAAGCUGGUGCUGGUGCUGGUGCUGGUGCUGGUGCUGCUGGCGCUGGCGCUGGUGCUGAAGCUGGUGCUGCUGCUGCUGCUGCUGCUGCUGCUGGCGCUGGCGCUGGUGCUGCUCGUGCCGCUGUGGCUGCUGCGUUGGUGCUGGCCGGCGAUGAAUCCCGCCGCGUCACGGUCCUCGGGCUCGCCCGACAAGGCCGCCGUGGCCCUGCGAGGCGCUUCGCUCGCCUUCCAGAAGCAGCAGGCUCCGGCGAAGCCGUCACCGCCGUCCUCCAAUGCGGCCAUGACGGCCACGGCGGCGGCCACCAUGACGGCGUCGAUGACGGCCUCGACGACGACUACGGCCGGCGGUGGUGGCAGCAGCAGCAGCACCAACGGCGUCGCCCUCACGGCCGCCACGGCUUCCGCUUCCGCCGCGGCUGCGUCCGAGGCCGAGUCCCCCGCCCACCAGCUCGGUCGGCCGCACCAGCUCGGCAAUUCGUCACCAUCGAUGGCCAUGACCAUGGGAGCCAUGGCGGAUACGCAGAGCCCGAGCUUCAUCGCCGCGACGCUCGCUGCCGGUCGCAACGCUCAAGCUCACCACGUGCCGGUCGACUCGGAAUCCAUCGCACCCACGGGCUCCCUCGUCUCCCUGUUCGAACGGGGCUCCCACGAGCAGCCGGCGUUGGGCCGUGGCCCGGCGGCCCAGCGACCGCCCGUCCGGCGAUACAAGUCGACGCCCUUGCGGGAGCGGCCUGAGACGCAGGUGGCCCCUGAGCAUGCCGUCCAAGGUCUCCCUCCGCCUCUGCCUGCGACGCGGCAGAAGGCUCCACAGGCUCAGCACGCGACGAAGGCCUCGGAGACGGAGACGGAGCCGAAGCCGAAGCCGAAGCUGAAGCCGAAUGUGAAGCCGAAGCCGACGCUCGGCACGGCCCCUCCACAAGCGGCACCGGACCCGCGGGCAUCGAGCCCUCAGCCUGAGCAACCUUCUUCGAAGCCGAGGAAGCGGUCCUCUGGGGCGGUGCAGCCGCUGGAAGCAUCCGUCAUCCGGUCGACGCCCGAGCUGCACUCCCCCAAACCCGUGCGCCUGGCAAGACCGACCCUCUCCCCGACCGUCGCCCCAUCCCCUCGUGCCGACCGCGGCGAGCUGCCUUCGACGAUGCUCCCGGAGCGGGAUCCCCAGAAACGGGUGGCCCCACCGACGCACCCAAAGUCCAAGGGGCAGCCGCCGACGCCGCCAAAGGCUCGGAACCAGAAGCUUGUCGUCGGCCGGUCGUCGACGACGAGUCGAAGCCAGAGACGAGCCAGCACGGAUGCCCAAGUCGGUCCCUCGGCGCCCGUCGUCAUCCCCUCGUCCCCCGGCGGGAGGAGUCGCGCCCUCGCCUACGUCUUCGCCGAGCGUGGCCGGUCGGCGCCCGGGAGCGCGUCGUCGUCGCCCGUGCGAGACGCCUUCUACAGGCAACACGCUGCCGCCGCACCCGAGGGUCCCCUCCACCUCGACUCGCUCGCCGACGCCAUCAUGGCAGGCUCUCUCGCCUCCCUGCGGCUGACGCCGCACAGCACGGGCAACACGCUCCCUCCGUCCGGCCUGUCGAAGCACCACCGGUCGUCGCCUCGCCUCCUGCCGACGCUCCGGCAGCCGCAGGCCAAGGAGGAGGAGGCGGAACGGCAGCCCAAGGGUCACCGGAGCAAGCUCCAGCGCGGCAAGCACGCCCACCACGAAGGCUCGCGCCGAAGGUGGCGGGACGAGCUGACGGAGCGGGAGCGGAAACGGUACGAAGCCGUCUGGGCGUCGAACCGCGGCUGGCUCCUCGAGCAGCGCGGCGACGAAACCGACUGCGUUGCCAACGUGGUGGUGCGCGAGAUCUGGCGUCGCUCGCGCCUGCCCGAGGACGAACUCGCCGAGGUUUGGGACCUCGUCGCGAGCGGCGAGGCCGACGGUCGGCGCGGCCGCCUCAGCCGUCAGGAGUUUGUCGUCGGCAUGUGGCUCAUCGACCAGCGCUUGCGCGGCCGGAAGCUCCCUCGGCGCGUGUCGGACAGCGUCUGGGGAAGCGCCAACGGCGUGACGGUCGUGCGGCGGCCCAGGCCCAAGGGUCGGACAGGAAAGUAG